ACGAAUCUUCUCAUUUUCAAGGGGGAUAAACCUCGUUUCCUGAGCGGCUUUGGAGAAGGAGAUAGAGUGAUAGUAAAAGACAGAAAAUAAUUUUUUCAGUUUUACUGCUGUUGCUAGAUUUUGAUUUAAGAGAGUGAGUGCUUAUCUCUGUGGCAUAGAUAUGAAGAAGUCUAGUAACCUUCUGAUGUAUUCAAGUAACUCGUCGGCUCUAGUCCCCACACCCAAGGUGUUUGGUAAAAACAGGAUUUAGUGAAGUAGUCAAAUUUCACGUUACUUUCUAUAACUGCUAGACCAUAUGCUUGUGACGCCCAGGCCUAUCAAAGAAAUUUUAAGGUGUUUAGGUCUCAUCUUGAAAUUGCAAUCUCGAAAUCCUGCUGUUUCAUUAGACUGGUUGAAUACAGCAUAAAUCAUAGACUCCAUAAUUCGCCCGGAAAAUAUUAUCAAAGUUGUUUAAGCACCAUCGACGGAUUUUCUUUGCCUGUGAAUACCACAUUUUGGCGCUUUUGGGAGGAGUUGUAUUUAGUCACUAUAGGCCUAGAGGAAGCAGGACGAAGUUGCUGUGUAGUAGGUUUGGAGUGUAAUACAAAAUCUUAAGAGUUAAGAUCCUCCUGAAAAACUGAACACCCAAUCUCCAUAGCAUAAAGAAUAACAAUAAAUUAUUGUAGGCUUUGCGUUUGGCUGUACUCUCUGUCAUCUUUCUGCAUGCUUUGCUGCAGAGUACGCAACCUCUUCUUUCCGAAGUGACUACAUCAAUAGUAGAAUUACAUAUACAUUUUCCUCGGCACCAAAACCAUAAUUGAUAUAGUAGCAUAAAGAUUAGUACAAAAUCAAAAAGUUGCAACAGAACUGAACAGCUUCUCGUAUGUUUUUCCCAUCCUAGAAGAAGUAUUAAGGCCAAAGUCUAUCGUUUGAAUCAAUUUGAUUGAAGAUUGUAUGUAACCGUAACUUCAUUCAUCUAGAUCUAGAAGUAAGUGACUACUUUACAGAAAAAAGCUACUUGGUAAAUAAGUGAGGUCUUCAAGAUGGACUUGUCCAAGUGGAAUAUGGAAUCGUUCGGCGACGGGCACCCUUUCGGUGACCCCGGGUGGUAUCAAGGACAGUACAGUCCCUACUACAAUGAGUCGCACAAGCAGUUGCGCAAAUUCGUUAGGGACAUGUGCGAAGAGCAUGUCAUACCAAACGCCAACGAAUGGGACGAGGCAAAGUCGAUACCAAAAGAAGUGUACUAACAAUGCGCUAGUAAGUAACUAACGAGCCAAUCUUUUGGUCUUGAACAUCUAGAAAAUCUGAUAUUCCUUGUUGUUUUCAUGGGGACAUUAUGAUCAUGAAAAUACUUAUGUAUUGACCAACAGAAGACGUACUAUUUCGGUAGAAGGAACUGUUAGAAAUAUUUUUGAAGUAAGGAAAAUAGUGCUUGAGUUUGACGGAGCUAACUGUCAAACACACACAAGAAAACAAAUCCACUUCUACUUCAGACGAUUGUUGUUUGGCAAGAGUGGCAUGAAUUGCCUGAUGAUGGGACAUCCGUUUCCGGUCGAUUAUCUGCCGCAGAAGGGUAAGGAGUUGCCGGAGUUUCUGCAGAACGUCAAGCUUGACGGCUUCCAUGAGAUGAUUCUAAACGAUGAGUAUGCGCGAUGUGGUAGUGGAGGCGUCCUGUGGGGGAUGGCAGGUGGGCUCGCGAUUGGUUUGCCGCCAGUAAAUCACUUCGGAUCGGAGGAACUAAAAAGGCGAAUUCUUCCCGAGGUCCUGGGUGGCGAAAAAGUCAUCUGUCUCGCGAUUACGGAACCGACAGCCGGUACCACGAGAUUUAAUUGAGUUAUUGCUGUACUCCAAAGAUGACGAUCUUAAUAUUAUACCAUGAAAAAAAAUACGAGUACUAGUGAGUGUGAACAAAUUAUGAAAAAUUGUCUUGUCUGAUGCUGGGUAGGAAGAUGCACAUGUGCUUGUCGUUUUAAGUCUUCGCUUUCGCGCACUACUUCGCCGAUAUUCUGAAUCUCAGGCUCCGACGUUGCGCAGAUUCGGUGCAAAGCUGUUCGUGAGGGCGACUACUAUAUCGUUACUGGUGAAAAGAAAUGGAUCACUAACGGCGUAAUUGCGGAUUACUUUACCACGGCAGUACGAACCGGACCUUCGGGUGCUGGGGGGAUUUCACUACUGCUCAUCGAGCGCGGUCCGGGAGUAAAAACAAGACAGAUGGACUGCAGCGGCGUCUGGUGCAGUGGAACGAGCUAUGUCACCUUCGACCAAGUCAAGGUUCCAGUGAACAAUAUUCUCGGCAAAGAGAACAAAGGAUUCAAGUACUGCGCUUCUUUGACAGUCAUAUAGCUUUUUUCUUAGAUGAUUCUGCACUCGCGCUUUCUUUUUAUCCAUCCUCGGUGACAACGAAAACCUGGAGAAUACGUAGUAACUAGUUUUUUUCCACGACUGGCUACACUGCUACUACUACCACACACCAACCAGGUAUAUCAUGAGCAAUUUCAAUCACGAGCGCAUGAGCAUCUGCUACAUGACGAACCGAUUUGCACGGGUUUGCCUAGAGGAGAGCGUGAAAUUCGCGAACAAGCGCAAGACGUUCGGAAAGAAGCUGGUUGAUCACCCAGUGAUUCGGUGGAAGCUCGCUGAGAUGGCGCGAAUGAUUGAAUCCAACCAAGCUCUCCUGGAAAGUCUCUGCUAUAACCUCGAGCGCAUGGAGAAGCAGGAAGCAAAUCUCAAAUUAGGCGGAACAACGGCACUUGCAAAGGUACAACACCAACAUUGAAAACCAAAAUGUUGUUUAGGGAGUGCCUAAAUCUAAAUCUAACACGGGCACAUACAUAUACUUAGUGCGUUUAGGAUGAUUCCGAUUCCGAAAAUGGAUAAAUACUCUUUUUUUACUGAUAGGUCCAAUGCACGAAAACGAUGGAGUUUUGUGCGCGUGAGGCUGCGCAGGUUUUUGGGGGGCUCAGCUACACGAGGGGCGGACAGGGCGAGAAAGUCGAGCGGCUCAACCGUGAGGUCCGGGCGAUGGCAGUGCCAGGAGGCAGUGAGGAGAUUAUGCUCGAUCUCGGUAUUCGACAGAGUGCAAAGGUCGCUGCGCUUGCACGCAAGAUGGCGUCAGCGCAGGAAAACGCAAAGUUGUAG